AUGGACAGUAAUACUCUAAUACUGAUUGUUGUUACUAUGAUACAAAUUCCUUCAUUUUUUUGUGCUAUACAAAGUGUUCGAUUUAGUCAAAAAAAUAAUCCAUUAAGUCAUAUACAAAAUCAUGCACUUGCUUGUUUAUUAUUGGUAUCUAUAUGGACAAUUGGAAUUGAUUUACCUUUUACACAAGCAUAUUUAUGGUUAGAUAAUGUACCUAUUCGUACAACAUGGGCUUGUAUUUUUUAUAAUGUAUCAUUUUUUAGUAUGACUGGAUUAAAUCGUGUACUUAUGGCAUUCAUGUGUAUUGAACGUCAUUUUCUUGUUUUUCAUAAUCAUCUUUAUCGUACACAUCGUUCACGUUUAUUAUUUCAUUAUAUUCCAUUUUAUUUUACUAUAUUAUCUAUUGUAAUAUAUUUUAUUAUUAUAAAUACUUUAAUAUCAUGUGGUGAUAUAAGUUUUGAUUAUACACGUUUUAUGUGUGGUUAUACAUGUGCAAUACGUAUUCGUAAUCUUGGAAUGGUUUAUAUAUGGUUAAAUGUUUUUGUACCUACAGCAAUUACAACUAUUGCAAGUAUUCUAUUACCUAUCAGAUUUGUUAUUCAAAAAACAAGUCUUCAUCGUUUACAAUGGUAUCGUGCACGAAAAAUGAUUAUACAAACAAGUAUAAUUGCUGGUGCAUAUGUUAUAUGUUGGUUACCUUAUUCAAUAGUUCUUCAAUUAUUAGUCAAUGGAAUAUUGUCUUUUUCUGAUCCAAAUAUAACUCUAUUUUUCAUAUAUGGACCUUAUAUAACUUCAUUGUUGACACCAUUUAUUGUUCAACAUACAAUACCUGGAUGGAUGAAUAAAAAACUGGUAAAACAAAUAAAACUGCUAUUUUUUCCACAACAACGAUUAACUCAACCACGAACUGGUAUAUUUAUUCCGCAAUAA